GGUGAGCCAGCCAUUCGUCUGCCUCCAUUUACUGGGAGCUCUUCUUGUUCCUGCCAUCUCUGAACAAAGCUUCUGCCUCGCCGUCAAUACUGCCGCGCUUCUUCGACGUCGGUGAUAGAUAAUUUUUGUAAUCUGUAAUCUGUAUUGACGUAAUGAGUAACAAAAAGAGGGAAUCCAGUUCUGUUGGACAGUCUGGAGUUGUGCGGAAUGAAGUGCAGAACUCAGAUACUGAUAAUGCUGGUGCAGGACCAUCCAGCAAGAAGAUGAAGAAGGAGAAAAGAGUAAAUAUUGUUGAAUCAUCUGACGAUGAGGAUGAUGGGAAAUCGUCUGAGAUGCAUCACAUGGAGAAUACUAAAAGAAGGAGGAUGUUGAAUAAAGCACGGCAACAAGCAAAGGCCUUAAGAAACCCGUCCGUGCCCAGCAAACUGGAAGUUGAAUUUAAAAGUGGCGGAGAUGAGGUAGCUAGAACAAGUGGUGGUGGCAAUCCGCUAUUGCCUGAGUUUCACAUUGGGGUAUUUAAGGAUCUGGCGGUUGCUGAUGCAAGUAUCAGGAAAGCAGCUGCUAAUUCGUUGGUGACUGAGCUAAAAGAAGUUCAAAGUGCAUACGAUAAGUUAGAGAAUAAGGAUGAUGUCGAGGAUAAGUCGAAGCUAGAAGCAGAGAAGGAUGAUGGGUUAAAUAACUUGGCACCAUCUUUGAGAUAUGCUUUAAGGAGGCUUAUUCGUGGUGUAUCCUCAUCAAGAGAGUGUGCAAGGCAAGGAUUUGCAUUAGGUCUCUCAAUAUUAGUUGGUUCAGUUUCUAGUAUUAAAUUGGAGUCAUUGUUAAAGCUAAUUCCUACCUUGUUGGAUCUCUCAUCUAGCACAAAGGGUCAGGAGGCUAGAGACUGUUUAUUAGGUCGCUUAUUUUCGUAUGGGGCUCUUGCAAGAUCUGGAAAGCUUACCCAAGCAUGGAUCUUGGAUAAUAAUAGCCCACACAUCAAAGAAUUCACUAAUUGCCUUCUUGCCCUUGCUGUUAAGAAACAAUACUUACGGGAGCCUGCAGUAUCAGUUAUAUUGGAACUUGUCGACCAGUUGCCAGUUGAAGCAGUGUUGAAUCAUGUGCUUAAGUUACCAGAGCUGGAGGAGUGGUUUGAUGGAGCAACUAAAACUGGAAAUCCUGAUGCCUUACUUCUUGCUUUGAAAAUUAGAGAGAAGGUUAAUGUCGAUUUUAAAUGUGGGAAACUACUUCCUUCCCCCUAUAGCAAAAGAGAUUUUUUCUCUGCCGACCAUUUGAACAAUAUUGCGAAUUGCUUAAAGGAGUCUACCUUCUGUCAACCAAGAGUGCACUCAGUAUGGCCUGUAUUGGCUAGUUAUCUCUUACCUGAUGUUUUACCAGAUGCAGAUUCGGUAUCAGGUCUAUUAUCCGUCAAGAAGCAUAAAAAAAGUCGCAAGCUCGGUUCAGCUGAAGAUGAUCUUGAGAAAAAUCUUAAGUCUUUCUGUGAAGUAAUUAUUGAAGGAUCACUUCUACCAUCAUCUCAUGAUCGCAAAAGGCUAGCAUUUGAUGUGCUGUUGCUUCUUCUUCCAAAACUUCCUGCUUCUUGUCUGCAUAUUGUAUUAUCGGGCAAGAUUGUCCAAUGCCUGAUGGAUGUACUUUCAACAAAAGAUUCUUGGCUCUAUAAAGUCGCCCAACAUUUCCUCAAAGAGUUGACAGAAUGGGUAGUCCAUGAUGAUGCUAGGAGAGUUGAAGUUAUUGUAACUCUGCAAAAGCACAGUAAUGGGAAAUUUGAUUCCAUCACCAGAUUGAAAACGGUGAAAGAUCUGAUCAUAGAUUUCAAAACUGAGUCUGGCUGUCUCCUAUUCAUUCAAAAUCUGAUGAACAUGUUUCUGGAUGAAGGUAGCUCUUCAGAGGAACCUUCAGAUCAAAGUCAGACAACUGAUGAUAAUUCUGAGAUAGGUUUCACUGAAAGUAAGGAGACAGCCGGUUCACUUGGAACUUCUGAAUUCCUUAAGACCUGGAUUAUUGAAUGCCUUCCUAGUGUUUCAAAGCAUGUCAAGCUUGACCAAGAUGCAAGGUUCCGUGUCCAGAAAGAAAUCUUGAAGUUUCUGGCUGUUCAAGGUUUAUUUUCAUCAUCACUUGGGACUGAGGUGACAUCUUUUGAAUUGCAUGAGAAGUUUAGGUGGCCGAAGUCAGCUAUACCUAAUGCGUUGUGCCAGAUGUGUAUUGAACAGUUACAGCUUUUGCUUGCAAAUGCUCAAAAGGGAGAGGGUGCCAAUGGCCCGACCAUUGCUGAGACGAAUGAUCUUGGAUCAUACUUUAUGCGGUUUGUUGGCAUAUUGAACAAUAUUCCUUCCGUGUCUUUAUCAAGGGCCUUGAAUGUUGAUGAUGAGAAAGCCUUCAAGAAACUUCAGGCCAUGGAAAGUCAACUAUCAAAAGAGGAACGCAACUGUGGCCUUGCUCCAAAUGCAAGCAAAUUGCACGCUAUGAGAUAUCUAUUAAUCCAACUACUGCUCCAAAUCCUACUUCGACCUGGGGAAUGCUUCGAAGCUGCUUCUGAACUUGUCAUGUGUUGUAAAAAAGCAUUUGGUUCUUCUGAUCUUCUAGCAUCUUCUGAAGAGGAUGAAUCUGACGGGGAGGAUGCACCUGAGUUGAUGGAUGUACUUGUCGAUACAUUGCUUUCUCUAUUGCCACAGUCAUCAGCUCCCAUGCGAUCUGCCAUUGAGCAGGUUUUCAAAUACUUCUGUGUCGAUAUUACGGAUGAUGGCUUACUUCGUAUGCUGAGGGUCAUCAAAAAGGAUUUAAAACCGGCUCGGCAUCAGAAAACAGAUGACAAAGAAGACGAUGAUGAUGAUGCAGAAGAUGAUCUUCUUGGUGUUGAAGAAGCAGAAGAAUCUGAUGAAGCAGAGACUGGUGAAACUGCCGACAGCGAAGAGCAGACAGAUGAUUCAGAGGCAGGUGCUAAAGUUAGUGUUGUCUCAGCUGAACUUCCCGAGGCCUCAGAUGACGACGACAAUGAGGAUUCUGAUGAAGGAAUGGAUGAUGACGCAAUGUUCCGAAUGGAUACUUAUCUUGCCCAAAUAUUUAGGGAAAAGAAGAACCAAGCCGGAGGCGAAACUGCGCAUUCUCAGCUCGUACUUUUUAAGCUCCGCGUACUCUCUUUGCUGGAGAUUUACCUUCAUGAAAACCCAGGCAAACCACAGGUGCUAAAAGUAUUCUCCAACCUUGCUCAAGCAUAUACUAAUCCUCAAACAACAGAAGGAAGCGAACAGCUCGGACAGCGCAUUUGGGGCAUUAUACAGAAGAAAAUAUUUAAAGCGAAGGAAUAUCCGAGGGGCGAUUCUGUUGAGUUUGCAAUGCUCGAGCCUCUCCUCGAGAAGUACUUGAAAUUGGCAGCAAAACCUUUCAAGAGGAAAAAAGGUGCUUCCAAUCCAUCGAAAAAGAAACAAUCCGCCUCAUGGACUCGUUACAAAAUAGUAAAUUCACUUGCCCGGAGUUCGAUAUUUUGGAUUCUGAAAAUCAUACAUGCUAGAAACUUCCCCGAGUCUGAGCUGCAGCGGGUACACGAUAUAUUCCAGAAUGCUUUAGUUGCUUACUUUGACAGCAAAAAAUCUCAAAUGAAAUGUGAGUUCCUGAAAGAGAUCUUCAAGAGACAACCGUGGAUUGGCCAACACCUCUUUGGGUUCCUUCUCGAGAAAUGCUGCAGUGCUAAGUCUCAGUUUCGCCAAGUCGAAGCCCUAGAAUUGGUUACAGAGAUAUUAAAAACUUUGCAUGCUUCCAAUGGAGAUGAAAGUGCAAAGAAGCCCUCAUCGGAAAUGUUGAAAAGCCACAUCCCAAAACUAAGCCAUUUGAUCAAGUACUUGGUGACAAAUAUGCCCGAAAAGCAGUCUAGAAGAGCCGAUGUGCGCAAAUUUUGCGGUAAGGUACUAAACAUUAUUGUGACGUUUAACAUGACCGCUAGUUUUCUUAAGUCUUUGGAACCAGACGAUUAUGCGGCUUGUAAGUCCCAACUCGGAGAGGUUUUUCUCGCGCUGACUAAAAAGCGAGAAGAAGAAGAAGAAGAAUGAGGAGAUUCAGGUGAGAACUAUAUGAUGUUUUGUAAGAGCUAAGGUUGGUUAUAUUAUAAAGUUGUUAUUUGUGACCAUACACACUACUUGCAAUCUAUCUACAUGCACAUCUUAUUUCUUUUUCUUCUUAUAA